GUGCUAUCUUUAGCAAGAGACAAGUAACAGGUUCCAAGCUGAAGUUCAAACACAGAAGACCACAACAGGGAAAAUGAGGCAGUGACCUAAAGAAGCAGACAUCCCUUAAAGCUCGAACAUUGAAAAGUAUAACAUAGCCAAAGUUAUGGCUAAACUGCAUGUGAAGGUGGAAGGGACACUAUUUGACACGGACAAGGAUUUGCUUGUGACCCACAGUGAAUAUUUCCGUGCCCUUUUCGAGUCUGGAAUGAAGGAGAGCACGCAGGAUGAAAUCCAUCUCCAGAACUUGGGUGCCUUAGGAUUCUUGAUCACACUCAGGGUGAUGGAAGGUGAAAGGCCACUUCUAACCUGUGAUGAAAUUGUGCAAGCUGUGGAAUGUGCAGCUUUUCUGCAUGUAGAGAUUUUGACCAAACACUUGGUUAACUUAAUAGAUUCAGAGAAUUGUCUAGUGCUGUACCAAUCAGCCUCUGCCUAUGGACUUCUUGAUCUCUUCCAUGCUGCAGCUUUAUACAUCCGAGACAUUUAUGAAUAUUUAGAAGAAGAGCUGGAUUUUCUACCCUCUGAUCUUCUGGAGUAUGUGGAUUCUCUGUUACCUUGUAAAUUAGUAGCUGUGGGCGCACACACCCCAGCGCUUGAGUUUCUUCAAGACGUCUCCCGUACCAUGUGCUAUUUGAAUGAAAAAGAGAACUGUUGGGAGAGUCUAGGCUGCAUUCCAGAUGAGGCCAGCACUUUCCUAGCUGGUGUUGCAACUCUGGGAAACAAGGUCUAUAUUGUUGGGGGUGCCCGAGGAGCCAACAAGAAAGUGGUAGAAAGGAGCUUCUGCUAUGAUGCUGACAACCAAAGCUGGAGUGAUUUUGAUAGUCCACAUCAGCUUCGAUAUGAGGUGACGCUUAUAGGACAUGAGGGACACCUGUAUGCCAUUGGAGGAGAGUAUGAAAGAGUUCCUAUAGCAUCUGUAGAGAAAUAUUGUAUAUCUUCUGAAACCUGGACUUUUGGAAAAGAGCUACCUCAGUCUGCAGCAGGUCCACCUGCCACAAAGGCAAUGGGUAGGAUCUUCAUUUGUCUAUGGAAGCCACUAGACACCACCAUCAUUUAUGAGUACGAAACCAUGAAAGACGAUUUGAUCCCAGUGACCUCCCUAAAGAGGGUGCAGAGUUAUGGUCAUUGUAUGGUAGGACACAGGGAUAAUCUGUACAUUAUGAGGAAUGGACCAUCGGAUGACUUUCUCCGUUGUUCAAUUGAAAAUUUCAACCUUACAACACAGCAGUGGACAACUUUGCCUGGGCAGUAUGUCAACAGCAAGGGAGCCCUUUUUACAGCUGUGAUUCGUGGGGACAGUGUCUUUACCCUGAACAGAGCAUUAACUCUGAUCUACAAGGUAGACAAUUGUACUUGGAAACCGACAAAGGAGAAAGCUGGAUUUAGUAAGGGAGGACAGCUGCAUACGUUCUUCCUCAGGUUACCUGAAAAGAAAGAGCUAACAGUCAAUCAACUCAACAAAAUGCCUCGUCCAUUGAGGUCAAAAAGUGAUUUGCGUUCAUUAACUUAGCACAGACUCAUAUACACCAGUGGCAACAUAUUACAUGGCAUUUUGCUUUGUUCUUAAGCAGGUUCUUAAACAACAAUUACAGAUGUAUAACAACGGAGUUCCGCAAACCUCCAGCUCAUCAUCUUUAGAUGGAUAUCAUAAAUCAUUGGAGAUUACUUUUUUACCUUAACAUACUACAAAAAAAUGUAAAUCAAAUGGCAACUAGGAGGCUGUCAAAGAGCAUAUUCCAAUGUCAUCUAAUGCAGUUAACCAAGAGAGAAGCAGCAGCCAUACAGAAGUGUCCAGAAGAAAGGCAGUGGAAACUUGGUAUGUGAAUUGAAAAGUAAAACACAUACUGUCAUGGCCAGUAAAAGGAAAUGCAAGUAUAAUAAAACUUGAUGCACUUUGUACAUUCAAACAUAGCGCCUAUCUUGAAUAUCUGAGAAAGGAGUAUUCAUUAUUGCGUCACAAUUUCACCUAUACAGUCUAUAUAUUUAUAGUGCGCUUAUAUUUAUUAUGCUGCCAGACUGACACCAACAAAAUACAUAUAAAAACGACAAGCAUGGCUGUUGAGCUCUAAGCUUGCGCCAAAAAGGCUUUCUGUUCUGACUCAAAAUUCAGUGAUUAUGGGAGCGCACACUGUGCCAAAGCAGAAAAGGUAAUGGGUGUUUGUCCGUGACUGCACGGGUGGUUGGGUCUAAAUUUGAUUUCUUUGCACUCUCCUGCUCUGUUGCACUAAUAUGAUUUGGUGUCAAUAAAGAUUGUAGCUUCAAAA